AGUCUGGACAGUUUCGCUCCAGUUCGUGAUUCAUUCUUUUCGACAGUCCUUCUUGGGUCAAACAGAUUGGUCAGCCUCGUUUGUUGUUGUUCUCGUGCCAUGUCGAAUCAACAUCCACAACAAAGACAGAAAAGGUUUGAAAAGAAAGUGAAAAGAGCAAAGUCAGCGGUGAUGGAGACUUCGGGGAGACAGUUACUCGCACCGCCAGCGUGCUGAACCACAGCGACGGCGGAUAAUGGAGACAGUCGAGCAGCUCGUCUCCUUCCACCAUAUCCAGGUCCAGUUAAGCGGAGGCGCGCCUUGGGGCUUCACUCUGAAAGGAGGACUGGAGCACGGAGAGCCCCUCAUCAUCACAAAAAUUGAAGAUGAAGGGAAGGCAGCUGAGUGCAAGAAGCUAAAAGUGGGAGACGAGCUCAUCAACAUCAACGGGUCGCCUCUCUACGGCAGCAGACAGGAAGCCCUCAUCCUCAUCAAGGGCUCAUACAGGAUACUGAAGCUCACAGUCCGAAGGCGUACCGUUCCUCACAUCAGACCUCACUCCUGGUACUUGGCAAAGCUGCCAGAGCUGCCCCUCCCUCCUCCUCCCCCUCCACCCCCAUCUCCCCCUCCGUCACCCGGCCUUCCCCCUGCUGACUCCCCUCCACUCCCACCGCCUCCACCUGCCAUGCAGCUCCACCCUGGCUCUUACACACUACCCUGGCACACCACUGACAACAGUGACCUGUCCAUGCAGUGGAGUCACCUGCCCAGACCGUACUCAUCCACUGACCGCAGCAGUUCCCUUGGAUCCAUGGAGAGCUUGGACACGCCCACACCCACUACACAGCUAUACUCCCAUAAUUCACCAGUGGACCCAGCCCUUUUUAACAACAAGAGAGACUCUGCUUAUAGCUCCUUCUCUGCCAGCUCAAAUACAUCUGACUAUGCAACAAUUCCAAUGAGGCAUGGUGAAGCUGUCUCUAUGGAAAAUCUCCUUCGUAGCUUGGGCUCAAGCUGCAGAGGAUUCGCUGGAAUUCCUGUAUCAACUCGGGCGUCAUUUGGUGAGAUGCCAGAUGAAACGCAUUCAAUUGCACUGAAGUCCAGGUCACUGACAAGGCCAAGACCAACAUCCGUCAAGGUAAAGGAAAGGCCCUCCUCCUGUUGUUUUGAUGAAAGCUGUCGGGAAGGAGAUUUUGAUGUUGUGGGGAAGGACGAGAAGUCAAACCCUCCAAAGCCACCAAUUAGAAAGGACAGUUUCAAGGCAGCUCAGGGCUGCCCAAGAAGUGCAAAUAAACGUUGUGCAUCUGCCCCAAUUGAAUUUUCUAGCAAUUCCUAUUGCUGUAAUGAAAACAUAUCUUCUUCGAAAGAUGCAGCUGCAAAUGGACAUUUUUUGGAACCAGAACAGUCCCAAACAGAUCAAAAUGAAGAUGUGCGAAGUUCAUGGAUGAUCUCUGAUCAUCACCCUCAGCAAGAAGUCACCAGUCUUCAAUCCAUUCCAUGCUCUGGCCCCAGAUGGCCUGAAUCCUCAAUGGCCAUUCGUAAUAAUUCUCUCAGCAUGCAGCCCGACGGUCAACAAUCUUUGAAGGGGCUACACCGGCACAGUGCACCAGAGAAGCUCCUUGCCACACAGCUUCAGUUAUUGCAGUUUCACAGUGCCAGCCCUUCAUUGGAACCUUAUAGCCAGCCUCUUGCUCAUAAUCCCCGAUCCUUCUGCACGCCACAGGAAGAGUUGCCGAGUAAUUCUGAAAUUUUCAACCAUCAGGGAAAUGCUACAUUAUCUGAACAGGGAGGCAGCUCUUCCUCACCUCCAGGGUCAGUACUCAUAGAAGGUGUUUCUAAUGAUUCGGGUGACAAACUUGAAGGAACUGCUGUAAGCAAGUCCAGCUACCCAAAUCAACCACAUGUCUCCUGGGGUCGCUCUGUGAGUGUACCAGGAGAAGACUCUGGAACAUCAGUUUCAGGCAACAGGUGUUCUAACGCAAUACUUGAGAGUGGGUUUGAACCUCUAAGUUCUGCUGCAAGUGUGGAUACCUUACUGGAAGAACAGAGAACAUGUAACAGUGUAAAAACUCUUGAAUGUAGGGAGAUGGAAGAGAAGUUUCCCUCAAAGAAACCAAACCCAUCCAGGAACCACAGACGCAAUCGUCGUCGUGGUGAGCGAUUCGCAACAAACCUUCGUAACGAGAUCCAAAGAAAAAAAGCCCAGCUCCAGAGGAGUCGGGGACCGGGAGGGUUACUCUGUAGUGGUGAAACAGUUCAAGAAGAGGAUGGGCCAGAUAUUCCUGAGGAUGGCGACGAUUCCGAUAACGUAGUUCAAGAAAAAUGUCCAGUUCUCCAAAAUACACAAUUCCAAGCAAUAGAUGAGAAGUCAGACAACGGUUCUGUACAUACCCUUACUAAGAGAGCCGGUCAAAACACCACAAGAUCGACAUCUGUGCAAAUUAUGGAUCCUGGGUUGCCUAGUUUUGGUGUUGGAAUAAGAGUUGUCGAGGAGCUGGCUCCCGCGGGGAAAGCCCGCCGCUGGCGUUGGACUCCUGAGCACAAGCUGCAACCAGAGCCUGAAUCUGACAGACGAUGUGGAGUGAUAAGGGAGAGGGUCUUUGACACUACAGGCUCGAGACAUGGGGUGUGUGCUUUUACUUCUUCCACUUCAUCAUAUGGCAGAUCUUCUUCUUAUUCAAGAACUGAGGAGUCAGACAUUCUCCCAUUUGCGGACAGAAUGAAGUUUUUUGAGAAAAUAAGCAAGGGUCCAAGUCAUGGGCAGAACAGCACCUCUCAUCAUGUCGAAUACCAAGAGGGAAGUACUGAUCAACAGUCAUCCCAAAGACGGUACUCCUACCAAGGAGGACAGGAGAACAUGCUUCCUCAGACAAUGGAAGCCAGAAGACAAUCUAUGUGUAAUAGAGAGAGACAGAAAGAAAGAGCUAAUGAAAUGGAGCAACGAACUAAGGAACAGGGAAAGGAGGACCGGGCGAGAGAAAGAGGUAUGAGGCAGGCGAGGCAUGAUGAAGAACUGGAGAUGGAGAUUAGAGAAAGAACUCGUGUGGAAGAGCACAGAAGGAGACAAGAAAUGGAAUUAAGCGUUGAAAGGGUAAACGAGAAACUGCAAAAAGAGAGUGAGAUGUGGAAGGAAAAGAACGAUGCCCACACUGGCUUCCAUGAGGAAUUUUACCAACCUUCUUGUUCAAAAGAAAACGUUCUAGGUGUAAGUCAUCUCCACAACCAUCAUCCCAUGACUCAGCAGUUUAGUUACAGCCAGAACCAAGCCCCACGAUCCGCUUUCUACCCAAUAAUGCCCCAUUCGCAGAUGAACGACGGAUUCCAACCUCUGUCAUCAAGAGCCAGUGGGCCGGCUGAGACGCCCUGCACUCGGCAACAGGAAACAUCCAUUCUCAGCAGGAAGUUGAGCCUGACAGAGAGAGACUACCACAGCUGGAGACGUGAGCCGAGACCACCUGAAAGCUUCGACCAACAUCCUCAACAUUUUCGCCCAGAUCCACUACCCUCCAGAGAGACCAAUGGCAGGAGUACAGACUACAACAGCUACUCCUUUGGUGCCCCCACUUUCUCACACCGGGCACGUGCAAUGUCCGAAAAUGACCUUCGCUUUGACAGAAGCCAGCGCUGGUUACCAGCAGAUUCCAGGGCCGACAGGCAUCCGCUGAUCGAGGUUGAGGAGCAUACUACUGGCGGAAGUGGAGAGGAACCAAAAGACACCACUCAGACAGCCAAGAAGAAGACUCCACCUCCGCCAAGGCCGCCACCUCCUAAAUGGGAGCAGUUUCACAGACGACGUGCAUCUCACCACACUCUGUUCACCACUGCUCCACAUAACCAACCCAUGUGUACGUCAUCAAACACGACAGAGGAUCACCUGACAAAUGAGGCGCCAAACGAGACAUCACGACAGCGGUCCUACAGUCUACCUCCACAGCGGCAAGAGGUGGCCGACAGCUGCUCGCGCUGCUGCUGUGAAAAAAGCCAGAGGCAAAGCUUUUCUCACUUCCCAUCCAAUCAAGUGGAAACAACACUCAGCAGUCAUUCAUUUGAAAACUCUCCUCCAAAUCCCACUCGACAGUUUGCUGACCUGAGCAAACAUGCGGCGUCUGAUCAUCAGUCUCAGGAAGAGUUGAAUUCUGUCUCCCCACCGAGUCCCAUGUUCUCCCGACGGUCCUUCAGGCCAGUGGUUCUGCCCCAGAGAGAUGCUGGGAUGCAGUUUGUCAGGGAGCGAGAGAAUAUUGAAGUUUUACUUCCGACACCCGCUGAAACAGCUGCGCUGAGCAGUGACUUCAACACCUAUUCAGUCCGGAAUAGAGAACCGAUGAAAACGGCUCUGACCAUCACAAGACCUGGAUCUGAGUGGGAGAGAGCACCAUCUCCAAGAGUUCAUGGUGACGCCGUGCUUGUUCCUGUUUCAGAAAGUAGGGACAGUGGUGGCCUUUUGACCCAUCCCUCUGCCGAUGAGCAGCAGAAGCAGAAAGUCAUCAAUUUGGACUUCCAAAGUAUCGAGCCACAAAGGAUCCCUGAAACAGGAAUUGAACCUCAGGAGACACUGAGCCCAAGCCCGGCGCAGAGUCUGGAGGCAGAGCUGGACGUUCCUUUAGAGACGGACAUUGAUGACUUCCAGGAGGAUGAAGGACUUCCUGUGGAAGAUGAGCUGAUCACAAGUGAGCUUACCUGCUUGGCGCUUCCCGUCACGGUCCUGGAAACCGACAUUGACACCGUGCAAGAUCUAGAGGUGGCAUUGGUGGGCAGGACAAGGGUGGAGAGCGGGUCUGUGGAGGAGGAUGUGGAGACAGAGAUGAACAGCAGAGAACAACUGAGUCUGGAGGAACUAUUCCCUCAGAGCAGCGAAGGAGAGUCGGGAACAGAGAGUUGGAGAGAGGCGUACCAGAGCACGGAGAACAACACUGACAGCUUGGACAGGCGAUCUGGUGCAAGCUCCAGCUGUUCCUCCUAUUACAGCACGUCUGCAGCCAAAGCCCAGCUUCUGUCACAGAUGAAGGAAUUCACGGAUGACAGAGAGCGUGAUGAGGACGAUGAGUUGACCUACAAGAAGCAGCUAAUGGAGAGUCUGAGAAAGAAGCUGGGAGUGUUGAGAGAAGCUCAGAGGGGACUGCAAGAGGACAUACGGGCCAACUGCCAGCUUGGAGACGAGGUGGAAAACAUGGUCGUGGCGGUGUGCAAGCCCAAUGAGGUCGACAAGUUCCGCAUGUUCAUCGGCGAUCUGGACAAAGUGGUCAGUCUGCUGUUGUCGCUGUCUGGGCGGCUGCUCAGAGUGGAAACCACACUCGACACUAUGGAUCCUGAGACUGAUGAACACGAGAGGCUCCCUCUGCUGGAGAAGAAACGCCAGCUCAUGAGACAGCUGACUGAAGCUCAGGACUUGAAGGACCACGUUGACCGUAGAGAACAGGCUGUCAGCCGGGUAUUGGGUCGCUGUCUUUCCCCUGAGCAGCACAGAGAUUACAGCCACUUUGUGAAGAUGAAGGCUGCCUUGCUCGUGGAGCAGAGGCAGCUGGAGGACAAGAUCCGGCUGGGAGAGGAGCAGCUGCGGGGACUUAGAGAGAGUCUGGGGCUCGGCCUUGGCCUGGGCUUGGGAAUGUCAAUUGGCUAUGGACAGUUUUGAUGAACAGGAAUUAGCUGAAGGAGGACGGUUCCAAGACAGUGGUUGACAUAACCCAUGCAUGUUUCCUGUUUGAAUACUUUAGGCAUUUCAUUGUUCUGUUUAUGCCAAGCAUAUUAUAAAACCACUGACAUCUGAGCAAAUGCCUUCGAAGGUCACUUACAGACGUUCCACUUCAUGUGAAAACCUUUUUUACAUUCAUGCCAAAAUACCUUUCCUGUAUUAAUGGAGAUGCGAAGAGCAAAAACAUGCAACUUGCUUGGCGUGGCUUAGACACUUUAAAAAGCAUCACACUAUAUUGCCAAAGACAUUUUUGCUUGAUGAAUGUCACUGACGCUGCUUUUUGUUAUUAAUAAUCUGUUGUAUUGAAGUCUCCUGUUUCAAAGCAAUAGUGCACACACUACGAAACUGUUUGAAUUCCAUUCCUGAUGUUCUGAGAUCUUUUUCUCGUUUUCUGAUCGUUUUCUGGUUAGUCUGUUGCUGGUUAACAUCCUCGAUGGUUAUACUGUAUCCUCUCCCUCUUACUCUUCCUUGUUGUUAAGGAGUUUGAGACUCCAAUUAUUUGAUUUACUGUUGUCGUAAUGUAUAAAAGACAAUUGUGUUUAUAAUGUAUACCAUGUGUAUAUAAUGUUUUUGAAUUUGACAUGAAAAAGGUGCUUAAAUUUCCAAAGUAAAACUAUAUUGUAUAUUCUGACAAUUUAAAAAGAAAUGUUUCUGAGCUCCCGAGUUCUUUGUUUCACCUCUUAUUUAUAAUCUAUUCCAUUAUUUCUAAUGGAAUAACAUUUUUACAGACUUCAGAUAAACUGCGUAUACAAAUUGGAAGCUUGGAACUGAUUUGAAUUCAAUUUGCAAGAAUGUGAAUUUCAGAUUCUGGCUGAAAGCAUGAAUCAAAUUGAUGAACACAUUAGCAGGUCCAUUACCAAAUCUGCAUGGCAUUGCUGUAAACUUAAAAUCUUUUAUUUGCAGUUGGAGGAAACAUUUGGUGAACAAAGUUUAAAUUUUCACUAGUUAAGGGACCACUGUCCGUCUGUUAAAGCAUCUUAGUGAGACAUAUGUUUGGCCUCAGCGUUAUUAUUCAGACCACUGCAUUAAGCCUCACACGUGGUUGGGUGGGUGGUUGGGCGGGAUUCAUGCCAUUCUAGUCUGUUCGAAUAAUGAGGUAUUUGUUGCUCACCAUUAUUUUUGUUCAGCUCACAUAAAUCUCUACAAGACAUACGCCAAUAUCUAAAUUGAUAUCUUUGAUGGAUUGUUUGGGGGUCUUCAAGUAUACAUUUUGUGCCGUUCACUGCUGCCACUCUCAGUUUUGAAAAUGUUUCUGCUGUGUAGUGUUAUGUUUGUAGUCUUUCCAUUUCCUUUUUCUUUUUUUUUUGUACAUAUGUACUGCGGUCAUUUUUUUUUCACAAUGUCAUUGUUGUUCAUGCUUUUAUAAGAUAGUUGAAUUUAUUUUAAAAGCUGCUUUGUCAAAUUACAGAGAUCUGUAUUUUUGAGUGCAAGUACCAUAAAUAUAAUAGUAAACAAACUGCUGUUUUGU